AUGGUGAGUCAUGCUACAAGAAAUUCCCAUCUGCUGGUGGGGAAAAUUGAAAACCUUUGUAAAAGAAAAAAAAUCCAGAAUCAUACCAAAAAGCUGUACCAGGCUGCGGUUUACGGCUUCCAAAUUUUCUAAAGGAAUAUACUCCAAAAACACACUCUAAUAUCCAGAUACCCAGAGCUCCAUCUGUCAAUCAGUUUUUCAAAACUUAAAUUAUAACUUCACUGCCAACGACCAAUCCCUCAUGCAAAUCAAGGAGCAAUAAUACAACUAUAGUUGAAACAAAGUAAUGGUGGUUCGUUUUCUUGCUUCACCCACCGCCAUCGUCCCACGUUGCCUCCAUUCUUCUCCCACUUUCAGUUUUCCAAAAGCUCGAUUUGUGUUGUUGCGCCGGGAUUGUUGACAAUCUAAGUUCACGCAUUCCCCAUCGCCUAACAACAACUCGCGUUGGACUUAAUUGCUUGAAUGCUUCUUCGUUUUGUCCUUCUCCAAUUGAUUUUUUGUUCCUCAGCUGCAGUUUGGGAAAAUUUUACUCUGAGGAAUAGGGGCUUUUGGAUCUUUCAGGGAAUUGGGCAGAUCAAAUUUUACGAAUUCGGAAAUGGGUAGUGAGUAUUUGGACCCGAAUGUUGUCAAGUUGGCAAAUUUCCGGGUGUGCAAGGUUUCCAGUUACACGACUGAGUUGCUAGAGAUUCAAGCUGAUAACCCAACAGUGCAUGUCCUCUUUGUCCCUGGAAAUCCAGGUGUUGUUUCAUUUUACAAGGAAUUCGUGGAAUCUCUGUAUGCAGCAAUUGGGCACAUUGCUCAUACAAAAAAGAACUGGGAGCAGGGGCAGUUGUUCUCCUUACAGCAGCAAAUUAAUCACAAGGUGGACUUCCUUAGCCAGGAACUUCAAGAAACUAAAGUUCCCAUUGUUUUGGUUGGACACUCUAUUGGUGCCUACAUAACAAUGGAAAUGUUGAAGAGAAAGGGAGAUCAGGUGAUAUAUUUCAUAGGGUUAUACCCCUUCAUAAUGGUAAAUCCUCAAUCAAAGAAGCAGGCCAAUAUUGCAAAAGUCUCGAGAUCAUCCAUCCUGAGUUGCCUGAUGAGUUUGAUGGUAGCAUCAAUUGGACUGCUGCCUAAGUGGCUUUCCCAGUACAUAGUGGUACAAUAUAUUGGUAACAGUUCGUGGUCUACUUCAGCUGUCGAAACUGCUCGUGGUCAUUUGCUGAAGUGGACUAAAGAAGUUCUAAUCCUUUUGAGAUGGUUUGUUUCACAGUACCAUUUGUUCAGGAACAUGCUUUACAUGGCAAUGACAGAGUUCAAGGAGUUUUCACAGGCACCAGACUGGGAGUUCAUGAAAAAGAAUCAACGUAAAAUGACAUUCCUGUUUGGUGAUGAUGACCACUGGGGGCCUUUGCAAGUCUAUGAGGAGGUUGCAAAGCAGGUCCCUGACAUGGCCUUAAUGAUAGAAAGGGAAGGCCUUUCCCAUAGCUUCUGUUGCACUGAAGCGGGCUCUAUCUGGGUUGCCAGGCAUGUAGCAAGCUUAAUAAAGAUUCAAACUUCAAGCUCAGCUUCUGCAGCAGAUGAUGGGAAGCUCUCUCAGAUCGCUUAGGAGCUGGUUAUCGUACGAUAAUCCUUACAAGUAUUGGACAGAGAAAGUAGCAAAAAAUGAUCAAGGGACAAGGAACCACCAUUCUUUCAGUAAUAGUUGGUGUACUUAUUUGUAUAUCUUAAGCUGCUUUCUUUUCUAUUGUUGUUUGAUGUGUGUAAUUGUGAUAGUGUGAACUUUCUAAGAGGCAAUAGAGGGGGAAAUGGUAAAUGGCAAAACAGUUGCUCAGAUCCCCUAAAUGACAACAUAUGUUAUAUGUACACUUCUUGCCUAGUGCAGCGAACCAAUGGUAAAUGACAAAAAGCAUCAGUGGAUGGAUGAACUCCACUGGUACGAACUUGUGUGGUUAGAUGGGAUAAGAAAAUGAACGAAGGUAUUGGAUAGUGGUAUUCUAAACAAAAUAAACUUUGUUCUUAUUU